CCCACUUACGCGCAACCAGUACCACGAUGGCCGCUGGGGACUCGGGGGGUUUGGGCGGCUACGACUUCAGAUAUCUGCCUCAGAAAACGUUCCAGUGUCUGAGCACCCCGGAGACCACCAGCCGGCUCCGGCAGUGGUCCAUGCUGGGCAGAAUCCAGGCACAGGCCUUCGGGUUUGACCAGAAUUUUCAGGCCCACCGGAAGGAUGAUUUCGUUAUGGCUUUUUUCAAAGACCCAAAUGUUAUUGCCAAUUUGAAGUUACUUUCAGAUUCUUCUGGACAGUGGAUUACAUUAGGAACUGAAGUGAAAAAAAUUGAAGCUAUAAACAUUCCUUGCACACAGAUUUCGAUGUCAUUUUUUAAUCGGUUAUACAGUGAAGAUAUUGUACGAGACAGUGGACAUAUUGUUAAAUGUUUUGAUUCUUUUUGUGAUCCCUUUCUUAUUUCUGAUGAGUUACGAAAAGUUUUGCUAGUAGAAGACUCAGAAAAAUAUGCAAUAUUCAGUCAACCAGAUAGAGAAGAGUUCCUGUUUUGUCUUUUCAAACAUCUUUGCCUUGGUGGAGCCCUUUGUCAAUAUGAAGAUGUGCUUAAUCCAUACCUGGAAACAACAAAGCUUCUCUAUAAGGAUCUAGUGAGUGUUCGAAAGAUUCCUCAAACCAAGAAAAUACAAAUUACCUCUUCCGUCUUUAAAGUUACAGCAUAUGGUUCUGUUGGUAUGUGCUACCCUUCAACAAAGAGUCAUGAACAGACAUUUUCUUACUUUAUUGUGGAUCCUAUCAGGCGUCACGUUCAUGUUUUAUACCAUUGUUACGGUGUGGGUGAAAUGUCUUAAUAAUAUUCUUUCAGAUUAUCUGUAUUUACUAUUUUUUAUUUACCAAUUUUUAAUUUUAAUACUGAUAUAUAUACAUAUUAACUUGCAAAGUAGUUGUGUAGAUAGAUAGAUAGAUAGAUAAACAAUUACUCUGCAAGCUAAUUCAAGUAAAAUGUAAAGAACCCACUUAGAGCAGAAGCAAUCAAAUGCCAAGAUGCCUUUCUUUAAAUUUGUUUGGAAAACUAACAUAGGAACCAAAUUCCAUCACUAACAUAAGUUAUACCACUAUUUGUAGAAUUUUUACAGAAAGUUACAAAGAACUUUAAAAAUCUAGUUCAUAUUUGUUGCAUUAAGGUUCAAAUGAGUCCUCAAUUUUUGAUGUAUUUUAUUUUAGAAGCUAAUUAAUUCUGGAUGAAAAUGUGGCAGAAAACUAAACAUCAGUACCAAUGAUCAUUAAUAUGAAUUGUUAGCUUUUUAAAUUUGAGUUUUAUUUAAUUAUAUUUUUCAUUGCAUAAAAAUUUGUAUCUCAAUGACUGUGAAAAGCAUAACAAUUUCUUUGCUUCAUUUGUCCCACAUAAAAUCCUUAAUUAAACUAUGAUGUCUGAAAGUAAUUGUAAACUCUUUUAUCACAUAACAAAUUAGAAUUGCAACCUCCCCACAGCUAAUACAAGAUCUACAUAUAAACAGAGAGUUGUCCUGAUGGUAUUAUUAAGUUGGCAAGAGUAAACAACACAGUUUCUUGGUACUGUAUUCUCAUUACAUUCAUAGAAUGAAUAUAUGACAGAUUUUUUUUUUAAUGGAAAUGUAAUUGACAUGUGUCCCAAAGGUGAUGGAGAACCUACAAAAAAUGUUGAGGCUUUGAGGAGGGGAAAGUUCGGAAUAUUUGUUUCUGUGUUGUGGGGAUAAGGAUGAAAAUCUUGGAUUUGAACCUGUGGCUAAAUCUGGCAAUUUGGGUAUAGAAGUCAGGAGAGAGAGUUUAUUUUACUUCUAAAACCUAGCACAAUGCCUUGGCACAUUAAAAGUUUAUUGAAUAAAUAUUUUCCAGAUAUGUUCAUAAUAGCCAUUGAUUUUUUUUAAAAAUCAUAUAAAACACAAAAUCAAGAACUAAAAUGCUGCCAGUCUUGCUGCCUACCACACAGACCCCUACAAUCUAAGGACCCUCUCUUAAUCAGUUGGUAGUCAGUUCUUUUUGAGUACCAGUUCCGGGCAAGGCACUGUGCUAUUUACUUGGGGGAAAUAUCCACUCCCUAUAAACCUAGCAGAGAUGGUCAUCUGUAAGAGUAUGUCUAUAAACUGAUUGUUACAUGAAUUCAGAGAUGGAAAAGAUCACUGAACUAGGCCUGGGAAGGGCUUGGUUUAGCUUCUAGAGAAAGAAUGGAUGGAGUUUCAACAACUGAAAAGGAGAGCAGUCCAACUGAGUAGAAAAGCACGAUG